GGUGAUGGGCCCCUUGAAUAUUGUUGCCCAGGUAACAGCAGAAUGUUAAUCUGGCCCUGGUUGCUAGGAGGCGCUGUUGCUAGGAGGCGCUGCCGGAGCCCGGAAGAGUUGGACAGAACGAUGAUGGGCAACCCGAGAUUGAAGGAGAAACAUCAUGUUGUAGCCGCACUUCAGGCUUCUCCCUGCGGCGUCUGACGCUCCCUCCGCCGGGAGGAGGACAGGAAGCACCGGAGACAGGUCUGUCCCCCGGGCUGGAGCUGGGUGACGAGGCUUCAUGGUGAGUGUUUCCUUCAGAGAGUAGAUGUGUGGCUGUCGGAUGGAGAGCUAUGAAGAGUUCUGUCUGCGGAGUCUGGCCGUACUGCAGCAGCAGCAGGAGGGGAAACUCAAGAAGACGACACGUGAGCCGACGAGGUCCCUGAAGGCUCCGUCUGUCCUCCGCUUCCAUGGGAGAGCUGUGCUGUCGCCUCUGCUGAGUGCAGAGCAGCGCAGUGAGAUGUGUGACUACAGACGGAGGGCGGUGCAGCUGGAGCUGGAUAAGCAGAAAAAACAGAGGAACAACCUUCUGUUGAGGGUUCAGGACAUUCUGGAACAAGCUCAGACACAUACAGCAGCAGGUGAAGAUGUUGAGAAGCCUCCAGUUUCUAAACCUGCGUCGGUCAACGGCUACACCCUGGUCACAGACGCUCCUGGACUCCCCAGAGACCCUGGUCCAGAGCUCCAGACCAGCCAACAGACCCCCAUCCUCAACGGAUACAAGACCGUGGACGGAGUGGAAGAAGUGGAGAAGGAAGAGAAGAGUGAGGAGGAAGAGGAGGAAGACGAGGAGGAGGAGGAGGACAUUAGUCUGGACAGCCUUCUGAAGAGAUCAAGAGACUAUGUGAGUCAGCAGAAUCCUCCUGAGAUGGUCUCUGACAGGGAGAGGAGGAGCUGCAGCCCUGUGGGGACCACGGCGGUGGAGUUUGGGUUCAGUCUGCACCACAGUCCUGUUAACCCCCCUCAGACCCAGACCCAGACCCAGCACCAGACUCUUUAUGAGCCCAGUCAGCACCAGACUCUUUAUGAGCCCAGUCAGCACCAGACUCUGUAUGAGCCCAGUCAGCACCAGACCCCUGGUCUACCAGACCGGUACUCCCGUCUCCCCAGCCCAGAGUCCAGCGCCAGCCCCCGUGCUGCACAGAGACCACGUAGACCACGCCCCGUUUCUACAGGAAACAUCCAUUUUUCGUUUCCCAUCGGCCCGGCGGACCUCGUCCCUCGGAGUCCAGGAAGGUCCGGGGACGGUGCAGAUUGGGGAGAAGCUCUCUCCGGGGCCGUGAAGUCCCCCGACGGCGGUUUUAGCCGUCGGUCCAGCCACUGUGGCACCAGUCCGCUGCAGGAGAGCUGCAGCCCCGGGAGUUCCUCAGGGCUCAGCCCCAAAGGACCCCACGACCACCUGGUGGCAGGUUUCCGGCGGCGCUGCCACACGCUGGACAGCCAGCCGCACGGCGCCCGGCCUGCAGCCGAGCCGAUAGACCGCAGCCAGGAGAGGAUCCCUCGCUUCAUGGCGGGAGUCACGUGGAAGGCUCCUAGUUGGCGGACCCCUGCAGCCCCUUUAAACCAGCCGUAUGAGGUGGAGGGUCCCUCAGCGUCUCUGCUGAGGCCCCGCUUGACUCCUGACUUUGCUCAGGUCACAGUCAGGAUGGAGCCUGAAGACCCUCAGGGGACAAACAGUGGACGGAUCACACCGACUGGACUUAGACAUGCAGCUGAGGGACAAGCCAGCAUGACAGAGGAGACCCAGAGGCGAGCGCAGACUCUUGAGGACAUGCAAAGGCGUCUGGAGGAGGAGCAUGCCCUGCAGAUGUCUCUCCUCCUGGCUGAGCAGGAGAAGGAGCAACAGCACCUCCGUCUGGAGCUGCAGGAGACGGAGAGGACGCUGAAGGAGCAGGGCUGUGUGAGGCCUCUGAGUGGAGAUGCUUGUGGCUGGACCUGUCGGUCUGUGAGUGACAGCCGUCCUGUUGUCAGCCCCUCCUGCCCCGGGAUAAGCCCCUCCCACACUCCAUCUGAGAGAUCACCUGGACACAGUAUAGGUUUUCCCAGUCCUGUAAACUCCAGUGUGUCUUCCCCCUCAAUCCAGCCUCCCAUCUAUCUGUGGGGGCCCACAUGGGCCCUGAACAAACCUCGAGCAAGGCUCAGUCUGGUCCUGACAGCGGAGCAGCAGAGAGCGUUCUGUAGGAUCGGGGCCAUCAUUCGUGGUUUCCUCACUCGCAGACUGCUGAAAACAGAGAAGAUCAAACACCUCCAGCAGACCAUCAGGGAUACGCAGGAGUUCAUCCGUUCGUUCCAGACUGAAGCUCCCCAGAGGAGAAGCUCCUGCUCAGCACAAGACCGCUCCCUGCAGGAGAGAGUCAGAGCCCAGCUGCGUGCAGCCCUUUAUGACAUCCAUGACGUCUUCUUUGAGAUGCCUCUGGGGGAUCGGUUAGCAUUACUGCAGCAGGACAGAGAGCUGAGAGCAGAGAGGAAGCUGAGAGACAUGGAGAAAGCCAAGAGUCCCAAGGAGAGAGUGGUUCUGUCUGCUGCCACACAGAGAUCUCUGGACAGGAAGAAGAGGGUUGGUGAAUCUCCAGCACAGUCCAGAAAGAUGCAGCAGAAGCCAAAGAGCCCCACAACCAACAGAGUCCUGAAGCCAAGCCAAGGCCAAAACUCUCCUGUCACAGGCCAGCUGAACCGUCAGGGGAGCUGGUACAGAAAGACCCCCGAGGAGAGAGUGAGGCGCUCCGACAGCCUGAAGAAGCAGCACUCUCUUGGUUAAAAGGCGACUCGGCCUCCACGACCUGUCAACUUGAAUUUUUAGCCUUUGAAUACAAACCUUGCACCACUGAAACUCCAUCAGCUGCUAAUAUGAUUGUCAUAUCUACUUACCAUAAUAUUAAUGAUUGUAUUCAUCACCACACUUAACCCUUAACCCUUUAUCGGGCGAAGAACUAUAUUUGGUAACUUCAGUGGAUAUCAAAAUGGGGUCCCCAAUAU